AUGGCGGUGCCUCUGCUGAAGAAGGCGAUCGUGAAGAAGAGGGUGAAGCACUUCAAGAGGGCGCACAGCGACCGCUACAUCGGCCUCAAGCAAAGCUGGCGUAGGCCAAAGGGUAUCGACUCCCGCGUCAGGCGGAAGUUCAAGGGAUGCACCUUGAUGCCCAACAUUGGGUACGGUUCAGACAAGAAGACCAGGCACUACCUGCCCAACAAGUUCAAGAAGUUCGUUGUCCACAAUGUCUCUGAGCUGGAGCUGCUUAUGAUGCACAACAGGACCUACUGUGCCGAGAUCGCACACAAUGUGUCCACACAGAAGCGCAAGGCGAUCGUUGAGCGUGCUGCGCAGCUGGAUGUCGUGGUCACCAACAAGCUUGCCAGGCUCCGCAGCCAGGAGGACGAGUAA